AUGUCGUUCAAGCAUGGUGAACGUUCUGACGUUCCUCGAGUAGGUUUUUCACCAUUUUUACUUAUUUUAAUCCUUCUUUAAGGACGUUGGUAUGUGCUAAUUUUCUUCCAUUAUAAUAUUUUUAAUUUAGGGAAGAUCAUCCUUUCACAAUGGUGUCAAGAUACCGUCCUCAAUUCACGUCAAGUCGAAAUUUGAUUCUGAAUUCCGGCGUUUCUUAAUCAAUAUUAACCUUGAUAACCUGAUGUCAUACGAAGAGUUCAGAAAAUGUAUCGAGAAGAAGCAUGUACUGAAGAACACAGCGUUUACAUUGUGUUAUACUAGUACGUUAGGUGACUUGCUGCCUAUUACUAAUGACGAGGUGGGUUAAAUAACCAACAACUGUUUCAAAGUUCGAAUUUUGAAGUAUUGGGCAGAUUAUAGGAAGUUUAAAUUUCAGAACUUCCAUAAGGCAUUCGAGUCAGCGCAUCCAACUCUUCGGGUUCUAGUACAACGAAAGGGAGAGUCGUGGGAAGAGAAGUACGGCUACGGAGUGAGCACGUUGGAUCGAAAGAAGAAGGGAUUGUCUUCAUGGAUAUCAGCACCUUCCAAAGCGCCAACCAGACACUACAAUAUUUCUAAUCCAGAAGACUUCCGCCAGGUGUCUUCCAUUAUCGACGUCGAUGUCGUCCCUGACACUCACAGAAGAGUGCGCUUAUGUAAAUACACGUCGGACAGGCCACUUGGCUUCUACAUCAGACCUAGCUCCAUUGUAAGACAAACAGCUCAAGGACCAGUCAAGAUGGAAGGCAUCGUCAUCAGCAAGUUGGUAGAAGGUGGACUGGCAGAAUCGACCGGCCUUUUAAGUGCCAAUGACGAGAUUGUCGAAGUCAAUGGAAUUGACGUGAGAUAUCUUAGUUAUGAGUAUUUUUUGCUCCUUUUCAUACAUAUUUUUGUUUGUUUUUAGGUACAUGGUAAAACGAUAGAUCAAGUGACAGACAUGAUGAUCGCCAACGCUCACAACCUUAUUAUCACCAUUAAACCUGCAAACCAACGGAAUACACUGCAGAAGUCUUAUAAAGAAGGUAGGGUUUUGCUAUGGUCAGGGAAUAUCUAUUUAUAAAAUGACUCUAUAAAAUCCAAAAUAAGCUUUAACAUCAUACUCUAUUUUUACAAAUUUCAGCCAGUUCAACACAAGGUUACAAUGGCAACCACUACGAGAGUGAUGACAGUGCAGAUGAACAAGACGAGAUUAUCGAGCACGUCAAACAGUCUAGUCUACGUUAA